AUGGGUUGCCAAGUGUCAUCGGACAGCAGCCAAUUCGAGAGAUCAGACUAUGACCGACUGUGGAAGAGGAUGAACUCCGUCUCGGAGCAGACGCCAGUGGCGCAGAAGAAGAAGAGCGGCAAAGGGAAGAAGAACGGAUGGAGGAUCAUUCGGGUCAUCCUGGUAUCCACGUACAAGGACUUCAGAAACGAGAGAAAAGCGGCGCUGGAUUUGGUGAGCAUUCACUUAGGAAGAAGGGACGGAAAGAUGCAAAGUGUUUCAGAUAGAGAACAAGUUACAGCCGUAUGCGACCGAAAAGCAAGUGUUCCUUCAAGUGGAGGACUUCAGUUGGGUGAGUACUUGAUUAAUGAUUGGUGAAAACGAAGUCGGUCAGGGAUCAAAGGCGCAUUUGGAAGAAGCCUCUUGCCUGUAUCCGAUCGAGCGACUGCGUCGGGAAGCGGCUUCUUCCUCCUCCUCCACCACUUCUUCUUCUUCUUCUUCUUCUUCCUCGACAUACUUCUAUUUGCACUUCCUCGGGUUGGUUCGGGAUAAUUUGGAAGGGCUGAUGUGACUGAGUGGGUGCCAUUUGGGCCUAGAUAAGGUGGAGAGGGAAGGAGGAACAAGUGACGGAAAACCAGUUGGGAUGGCCAUUCGACACGACCAAUGCCUUCGCGGUAAUGUUUUGUUCGGAUGAAGAUAGGGGGAAACGAACGACAAAAAAUGAUUAUGAUUGUCGGACAAUGCUGGCCGAUAAUGACGGAUUCUGGAUGAUUAUGGGUUGACGGAAACGAAGAUCCGGUUCCUGUAGGACCAACUUCGUGAACAUUGUCUUUUCAGAGAAUGCUCCGGUUACCUGAUCGACCACACCUUCACCGACGACGCUUUUCUCCGUGAGCACGCCAUCUCAAGUGAGCAAUCUUUCUCAGAAGUCUUUCUUCAACUCGCUGGUCUCCAAAACCCCAACUGUAAUCAUUCCAUUCAUUCGCAUCAACUCGAGCUUUAAAGUUUAGCGCUUUUCCUCUACCGCAAUCCGAGUUUCCUACAAGAACUUCCGUUCAACGUCACCAACUUCAUCGAUUCUCCAGCCAACAGAGAAAGAGCGAAAUACUUAACGUCGAUGGUCAAAGGGUCGGUGUCUCCGUCACAAUUCGUGGAAUACUCGGUCCGUACGUCUGGCAUCAACAACAUUCACUUCAAACACAUUCUAUUCGACGAUCUCAGCGGGGCCACGAGACCAAUAGAUGAGCUGAUAAACAGAUAUUUGGAUGAGUUGCCAGACGGAGAAUCGAAAGUUCCAUCAGCUGAGGAGCUGCUGAAAGAGCACUUUGAGGAGUUGGGAAAUGAAAAUGAGACACUGCAAAAGGUAGGUCAAACUCAUUUUAUUCCUCUGGAACAACCUGUUUGAGGUGAAAGUGAACAUAAAAAUGGGAAAAUCUACGUUGAUAGUGGGAGAUUACUCUACCGGAAAGACUGUUCUCCUUCAUGCAAUCGGGAAAAGUUCCAGUAAAGCAGUACUUGUGAAAGGAAGAGAACACAUGAGUGUAAUUGAAUUGCGAAGAGCAAUCGAAGCAAAAAGCAAAGUAGUAAGGAGGUUGAUUGAAAUGAAAUUCGAUAGUCUUCUCAGGAACUUGUGGAUCCCCAUCAGAAGAACACGAGGGUUCUGAUGGUGGAUGACGUGCACUUGAUGUCGAAAGAAGCACAAGAAUAUCUCGUUGGGAGUGAGGAACUGGUGAUUGUGGCGACGAGCAGAAAGAAGAAAGUGGCGGUGGACAUGGAGAAGAUAUCGAUUCCCAGCAUGGAUCCAGAGGAUAUAUUGGUUGGUUUAUUCUCUAAUAACAAUACUUUUGGAACCUGGGCCCGCUGGGCAGGCUGAUGAUUCUUAAUGAACGAGCUCUAUUCAGGAAGAACUCUCAUUUUGGUUGAACGGAGGAAUGAGAGAAAGAAGAGCGGUCCCAUCGGUGAAAGCGUCGAACAUAUUCAAGAUGUCUCAACAGAAACGCAGGAAAAGUGUGGGCACUGUGGAAGGUUCCGAAACGUACAUUUCCAAAGAAUCUUGCCUACUUUACAGAUGGACACUCAAUUGAUGAAAAUAUGGGAUGGAAUAGCUUGAAAUGCAGAGUAAUCGGAACACUCGGAAGGUUCGGAAGCUCGGAGGAAAAGUGCGCACAGCUUUCACAACUGUCCACAUUGAGGUGA